AAUACAAGUUUGUUGAAUUGAGCGUUAUUCCUGCAUCUGACUGGUGUCCGAUAAAAAUUUAGUGUUGAUGGUUCAAGUUCUCGUCUGUUGAAAUUAUGUGGAUUACUAAAUUAUAAUUAUGCCGAAAAUACACGUGCCUCUGCGGAAUAUCUGCCAAAGAAGGACGACAUUUCGAUGAACAGAACGACGAAGAUCCGGAUCACUGAACUGAAUCCGCACGUGAUCUGUGUACUGUGCGGAGGCUACUUCGUCAACGCCACCACCAUCACAGAAUGUCUGCACUCAUUCUGUCGCACGUGCAUCACGCGCUAUCUAGAGACGAGCAAGUACUGCCCUGUCUGUGACGUCAUGGUGCACAAGACCAAGCCGCUCAACUAUAUCCGAGCAGAUAAAACCCUACAAGAUCUUGUUUACAAGCUGGUGCCCGGUUUAUACAGGAGCGAGAUGAAGAGGCGGCGAGAGUAUUACGCACAUGUGGAUCCGCCCGGGGUAACGCGGCCCCCUAGCGAGGACCGAGGUGACGAGUUCUAUGACCGCAUCAUCUACACGGAGGACGAGCGUAUCAGCCUCUCUCUGGAGCUGUGUGCAGAGGGAAUCCCUUUCAAGACCCCUACAUCCGUUCACGGCCACGCAGGCGCUGCAAGCAUAAAGGUCCGAGAUGUGAGGUAUCUACAGUGCCCAGCUGCUUUCUCCGUCGGAAACCUUAAGAAGUUUAUAAGAAUGAAGUUUGACCUCCAACAGAAGUACGAGAUGGACAUAUUCCACACGGCCGAGCCCCUGCCCGACUAUUACACUCUCAUGGACAUCGCCUACAUCUACACUUGGACCAGGAGAACCCCGCUUCGCCUGUAUUACACAGUAUUUGAGCGCAGUACUGCAUACCGGGACCACCCGGGACAUAUUGACGUCAAACGGGCGCUAAAUAGCGACGCAGAAAUCACGACCGAAACCACCGAACUUCUAGGAGAUGCGACUGAUAUUGACCAAGGUGUUAAGGAGACAGACAAAUUGCCCUUAUGUUUAUUGACCGGUCCCGACGACAUAAGUCCGGAUCUAGACCUAGAGGAGGGCGUACCUCAGAAGGGAAAAAAGAGAAAGCGUGGGACAAAAGCGAAAGUAAAGAAGCUGCUCUCAGUCUCGGAUGACGACUCGGUAAAGGAACAAAUGUCUGAGUCCGAGGAGCAGCUUGCAAAAUUACGACUGGACUGUGGUAGCGACUCGGAGACUAUAAUACCUGACUUUGACAACGAGAACAAUGUUGAUUGUGCAAACAGCGCAAGCGUAGUAGGCAAUUCACAUUCGCAGAGCAAUGGUCUGGUACGGUCGAAAGGUAAUUGCAAUAAAUUAGGCGAUCGCGCUUCGGAAAGGACUGAUACAUUGGACGCUCACAGGUCGGAAAGGGCGGAUAAAUUGGAUGCUUCUGAGGAGGAUGGUGACGAGAGCGAUUCAGAACCGAGGCUUGUAGUGGAUACAGACCACGACCCCAGCAAGCCCUCUAGCACCCAGAGCAGCCCGAGCUCAUCUGUGCAUCUUACCAUGUUCCAGCCGCUAACUGAGAACUCACUGUCCGAUAAUUGCAACGAUGAGUCAGCGAAAAAAGAAAGCGUUGUUAGAAUUGCAAACGGGAAGAAUGCGAAAAGUUGGGAUAGUUUAGUUACUUCAGUACCAAAACGGUCCAAAGGUCGACCAAAGGGGAGCAAAAAUAAGGUGAAAUCGUUGCUAGCAGUAACAAAGAACGCGGGAAAAUCCGUAGUAGUAAAGCAGGUAUCAAAUGUUUCAAAAGACAUUGAGUUAAAUCAGAAAUCGAAAAUGAAUACUGAAAUAGUUUAUUCGUUUUCUGCUGAUGAAAAUCUGAAUGCUGAUCAAAAGAAAGGAAAUAAUGUACAGCGUUCGGUAAGUGCAUUCGAUGGCUCGGAACAAAGUUUAGUGAAACGAAAAUAUGUGCGCAAAAAGAAAAUGCCAAGUGAAAGAGAGCACGCCGUGCCUCUUAAAAGAGCAAAGACAGUUAACGCUAUGCUGAAAUGCAAAGACGCGAGUGGUGGGGUAAAUGGCAAGGACACUUUGGCGGAUAUUGACAUAUCAAAACCUAUAGACAUUAGAAAGACAGUGUCCGAGGGAGAAGGUGUUGUACAGGUUUCAAACGGUGGUGAGACUGGACUGAAUAAUUGUUCACCAGACGACAAUGACGUUGCUCAAGAUGGAAAAACGCUUCUUCCAUCCGCGUUUUCAGAACCCAUCACACCGUUGUAUGGGGAGACACCCAACGUAAAUGAAUCUAAUCAAGGGUUGCCUUGUUCGCCAAACAUGGACAUUAAGGGAAACCAGAGCUCAAAUGUUGAACAGGAUGUAAUCAAAGACAAACCCUGUGAUUUUAAUGGUGCUAUUUCCAAUGGUGCAUACGUAGACAAUGCAGAGGUGUUAAAUACCUUAGAAAGUGGCCUUAGCAGUGGAAUUCAGAACAAUUUCGGUAUUCGAUCUAGUUUUAUGUUUCCCACUUCUAUGCAGCCGGCCUUUAUCGGAUACAACGGGAAUUUGGUUGCUAUGAACGCCUUGAGGCCAGAUUUUUCACCGGGACAUUUUAAUUUCGCUAACACCAUAGCGGGAACUAUUCCGCCGAAUGCACUCUGCAUCAUAAAUGGGUUCUCUCCUUCGCCGCUGAAUGCGCAUGCUCAGCUCAAUCACUUGACCAAUGGCAAUACCGUGACCAAUGUGAACGCUGGGUACCAGUCAUGUGACCACCACGUGGAGCAGCCUUUAGACUUGACGAACAAUUUUUCCAGAGAAGAGUACACAAAAGGGAAAAUAUUCAAGACGAAAUUACUGAAAAGGCCUGUCCCGAAAUCGGAUAUCACACAGAACGGGAGAGAUAAACACACGAUGCAGGACUCUCAGUUUUAGCAUACUGUGUAUUGUUAUUUUAUGUUUUAGGUUCUAUUUUCUCCAAUGUCUGCGUAUAUUCUAAUGGUGCCAUUGACUUUUUAUGUUUGUUAAUUAUGCAGAAUUGUUGUUUUUUCUACUUACAAGGUGUGGUCUUACAAAUGAAUGGUGGCAUUAUUAAUGGUCCGAUUUAUUGAAGGAAUUCUAUUUUCAAGAUGAAAUGCAAUAAUUAUAAAUAAAUUAUAUAUCAAAUGGUUCGUUUUCAAACACAUCUAACCCAUGUAUCAGUUAACUUACCGGCAACACUGUUCACAAAGUUUGUUUUGUUUUUCAUUAUCAUUGUCUUCUUAAAUUUGUUUUAAAAGUUGGGAACAAUAUUAUGUGCUUUAUGUGCUUAUAUAAAUGUACUUUUUGUAUUAAACGUACAAAAUAGUU